CAAAAAGACCUCCUGUAUCAGUUUGGUAGAGUUUGCGUUUGAGUAAGUGCUUCCCAGUUUGAGUUUGAGUAACAGUAAGGUACUUCACAAGUAGCAAACCAGAAGCCUGCUAGACAUUCCGAACCAGGAUCAGCAAGAACAGUCGAAAAACCGCUGACAAUCCAACAACAAGCUAGAUUAGCGGGCAGAAGUCGCCCGGGAAAUCUUAGGCAACUGGCCGAAUGCAUUCGCGUCAUCAAGCACUUCGCCACGAUAAAAGCGUCACUUUCAACUAGAAAUCCAUCAAAUCGUCCACGAAGAAAUAAGAUGUCCUCCGCAACCACUGGAGCUUCCCGUAGUGGAGAAACCAGAGAAGCCUUGAUACAACGGAUAAUGUCGUUACAAGAAUCACUCUCAGACGUCACACUGAAAGUCGAUGCUGUCCGACAAGAAAAUCUGCAAUUGAAAGAGGAGAACGAUGUGCUCAAAGACUACGUGCAGCAAUUGGUAUUUUUUUUGGUUGGUGGUGGUGGUAAAUUUGCAUGCAUACUACAAAUUUCGUACCGAUAUUUAAUGAAAUUGAAAAAAAUGACAUGAUUAUCUCAGCCACAACACACUCAAAAUCAUCUCCGCGCUCAGGUACAAACAGUAGAACGGCCAACAGGGUCAUAGCAUCCUGGGAGGGGUGCUUCAUCGUGCACCCUCGUUUCAAGGCCGAUUGCGGUUUCUUGAUGGCAAAACAACGUCCUCAAUGUGACCGAUUUUUUUGAAUGUGUGCAGCAUAAACAGAUGCAUGAGCAAGUCGCUGCACUUCUACAUAGUUGUGCCAGGUUGUUCUUCUCCUCGGGGUUCUUUUGCGUGCCUGAUGUUAGCAUGAGACUCCAGGUUGAACUAUCAACCAGGUUGAUUAGAAAGAAGCAGUGCAUUGAUACCUUGUACUGUGGAAAAAAGUAGUAAGCAUGGUACGCGCUUCGAC